UCUAGUUUUGCGAUUCUCGUAGUUGCUGUUUUUGCUUGUGUAAUUUUUCCGUAGGCAGGCGAUCUUAUCUCGAUUUGAAGUUGAUACUCGUGUGUGCUCUGUAGGCAGAGCAAGGUGGAUCUAGGGUUUCGUCAGAUUUUGCCGAUUUUGUUGCUUAUAUCUGUCACUUCGUCCUUGUGCUGCAGGGAAACGCCAUAUCUUCGCCGAGCAGAGUGGGAGGAGGAGUUCAGGGUAUGUGGGGUGCUUAUUUUUAGCUUUGUUUAUUUUGUUUGAUGUUUAUCUAGUUUCCUAAUUCAUCCUGCAUAUUUGUUUAUGCUCUGUUAGUUGUCAGCGUUCGUUUGCAUUAUUUUCUCAUGUUAUGUUUUGUAAUUUCUGUUUCUGGUUUUUUUGAAUCCAGUAGGUGAUUGCAGUGCUCAUAAUGUUACACCAAUUGGCUCUCGUUGUCCUGGUGGUAAGGAUCAUGGUGGCAAGGGAGGACAUCAAGUGAAUUCGCCGAUUGAAUUUUCUCCCAUAAGUGUGGCCCCUCCUUCUGGUAUGUGAAUGCUUUGUUUAUUUUGUGUAUGCUGGUUACUUGAUGUUGUACAAAUUGGCGUUGCCUUGAUGUAUCUAGUUCGGCAUUUUGUUGGGAACAAACGUGAAGUUAGGGUAUGCAGCACUGCAUUUAUUUGUAUAUGUGAACUCUACUAUAUGUAUGUGUGAACUACAUUGUUGUUUUAUUCAAGUUUUUUGUCCAAUGCAUUAUUUUUUAUUUUUAGCUUAUGAUUGGAGCACUGCAUUUAUAUGUCUAAGUGUACUGCAUUUGUUCUUUUUGUGCACUUUUUAACGACCAUAGUCAAACUUCAUUUUGACGCAGUGUCUGUUUUCCAUGCUGGGCGCCUGGGUUUGAGGAGGUUACUCCAUUGAUUGACCAUUAUUUUGCAGAGGGUAAUGUUGGUGUGAGCUUUGACCAGAGACGUCCCUUCUUGUCUGAAACACAAUCGCAGUCUGUUGAUGGUAUAGAGGAAGUUACACAGGAUUGGAUGGUCUCGGAACAGCUUCGUGAAUAUGAGUUGAAGCAAAGCAAGAAUAAGUUGAGGUUUGAAAAUGACUCAAAAGAGUUUGCAGAGAAGGAGAAGCAGAGGAGAGCUGCAGAUGGUGCCAAGGGUGCCAAAUUUGCCAAGGUGAAGCAGCUUGCUUUGCAGAAGAAGAGGCUGAGUACUGUUGCUGAGGAUGGUGGUACACCUCGGCGGAGUCCACGUGUUGCUGGCAUGAACAAGAAUCUUGGCAAGAGAACUACUGAAGCUGGUGGAAAGGAUUCUCAACGCAAGCGACUACAUGUCACUGAAGGUCCCAACUCUGAUGAUGACGACUUUGUGCUUGCUGAUUUUGUGAGGGCUGUUCAUACUGGUAGACGCAAAGACUGUCGUUCAUCUAAGAGUCUACCCAAGCGUGCCCGUGAUGAUGUCGAUGAAGAUGUUGGUGCUGACUCCGGCGAGGAGGCGGAUGUUGUUCCAAAGGUUUGUUGAAGUGGACUGCAGUUGUUUCCUUCAUUGUUAUUCUAUCUGUGUUUUCUCUAUCUCUUUUUUAUGGCUAAUCUUCUAAUGUGGACAACAUUUUCCUCUACACAGAGGAAGAAGUCUAGUAAGAGCAAUGCAACUGAAGAUGAUGCUGAGGGAGAUGAUUCUUGAUUUAACAAGACCAUACGUUUGUCGCUUCCCACUGUUUGCAAGGCUGCUGCUUUGUUGAAAGAGACACACUGUAGUCAUGUUCGGGAUGCUGGAUUCGGUGUUGUCUUUGAACUGACAGCAAAGAAAAAUGUGUCGCGCAUUCUUAUGUGCUAUCUGAUGGGAGUGAUUGACCCUGCCACCAUGAUAAUGGACUUUGGGAAUGGCAGGGUUCUUUGAAUCAAUCGUGAUGC